AUGGCUCAGCUCACAGAAGAUCGUAUCUGCGAUUUGCAAGAUAUCUUCAACCUAUUUGAUGAGAAAGGUGAUGGCAAAAUUUCUGCCUACCAUCUGGGGGAAGUGUUGAGAGCAAUGGGUGAGAAUCCCACCCAGGCUGAAGUGAAGAAGUGUGGUUAUGAAGGUAAAGAAGUAGAACGUCUCUCUUUCGAAAUUGUCCUUCCGAUUCUGCAGACCAUCAGCAGAAACAAACCUCUUGUCACUUAUGAUGAUUUGGUUGAAGGCUUCAGAGUUUUUGACAAAGAUCAAAAUGGAAUCGUUAGCAGUGCUGAAAUGCGUCAUCUCCUCACUGGAUUAGGUGAGAGGUUGUCACCUGAAGAGGCUGACCAGCUUUUGCAAGGGAUUGAAGAUAAUCAAGGAAAUAUCAAUUAUGAAGAACUGAUUCGUAUAUCCAAGGACAUCUAUCUAUCUAUCUAUCUAUCUAUCUAUCUAUCUAAUCAUAAAGGUAAAAUAUCGAUCAUUCUGCGCUUAUAUCUUUCUUUCUUUUCCUCCCUCUUUGCGUUAAAAAAAAACAUGACCGCUUUUUCUGUGUUAAUGGUUAUUUCUACAAAUCAAUACACAUCAGAGCCUCUAUCCCGUCAUUACCCUUUUCAUUGA